AUGUCUCUCACCAAUUACGGCUGGGAUACUACUCCUCUUACCACUCGCAUCUUCGAUGAUUUCCUUAAAGAAUGGCCCAGACGGGCUAAUAGUCGUGUGAAUACUUGGGCUCCUCCAAUGGACGUUCACGAAAAUGAUAAAGAAUUCACUGUUAAAGCCGAAUUACCGGGAAUGAAAAAGGAAGAAAUAAACAUUGAUGUUCGUGACAACGCACUUGUAAUUUCGGGUGAAACUAAACAAGAGCAGAAAUAUAAAGAAGGAAAUACUUACGUUCAAGAACGUCGUUAUGGUUCUUUUUCACGUUCUAUUGCGCUUCCGUCGAAUGUUAAACCCGAUGAUAUUACAGCCAAGUUUGAAAACGGUCUUCUUGAAUUGAGCCUUCCAAAGACAGCACCUACUGGCAAGAAAAUUACUAUCUCUUAA